AUGGGAGUUAGUGGUAAAAGUGGUCUGCCUACUAACAAGAGGUGCUCGGCUCUUGGUUGUGAAAGUAAUGCUAAACUAACUCCUCAGUAUCGCUUCCAUCGCUUUCCCUCCGAUGUAGACAAUUGCUAUAAGUGGGUCAUGCUUUCUGGUAACUCCUUGCUUCUUAUGUACACUCACCAUCAGCUUAAGACGACUCGUGCUUUGUGUAGUAAACAUUUUACUCGGGAUCAAUACAUGGUGGCUGGGAACUGUCUGUCUGCUCUUGUCCGCAAUGCAACUCCUUCUAUUUUCCAACAUCCUCCUAUUCCCAGGGACAAAAUUCCUUCUACUUUUCUGUCUCCUGCUAAUAAAGAAAAUAAACCCGCUCCCAAAGCCCCGCUUCGCAUUGCCAUCCCUGUCUCGCACCCUCUUGUUGACAAACCGCCUACUUUACCUGAGCUUAAGACUGAUUUAGUUACUUCCUCUUCUGUAGACUUAUUGUUUGGUCCUACUGUACCUGAGCUUAAGACUGAUCUAGUUAGUUCCUCUCCUGUAGACUUAUUGUUUGGUGAGAGUAGUUCUUCUUCCUUCAAACUGUCUGCGCAUUCUAGUCAUGCAUCUACCCCGGUUUUUCCUAAUGCUGUUUUUAAAAGGAAAGUUCUAGAUGAUUUGAGCAACAGCUGUGAUAGUGUGACCAAGAGACGCUGUGUUGAAGCCGCUACAACUACUCCACUUCCUGCGAGGCAGCCUACUUGUCGCCUUCUUUUCAGUGAUGACUCUGGUUUGAGCUCAUCUGCCUCGAGCGCAUCUGCUUCAACAUCGAGUGGUUCAUCUAGUCGUCCUUCAGCCCCCCUGAGGAAGGUGACUCGUAAGUCUGUCAGCACCAAGUAUCGUACUGUUUUAGGAUCCUACAACCUGUCCCAGGGCGACAUCACACCAAAGAAGAAAGCCAUCAUUGACGACAACAAACUGCUUCUCAAGCAGGUGGCUUCCCUGAAGCGCUCUCUUCUCGCAGUGAAGGACAACAGAAAGGCCUUGGUUAAGUUGUCUAAUGCGCCUUUAGUUUCCCAGCUUAGAAAGAAGAUGAAGACCAAAGAAGGUGCUUUGCUGAUGGAAGCGCAGAUUGCUAAUCAUGGCCGCAAGCCACAAGGUUUUCGUUUCACUUUGUCCCAGAAAACAUUAUCUUUGGCUUUAUUUAAAUCUUCAAGAAAAAAUUAUAGCUUUUUGAGAAAAAUUUUGCUUUUACCUUCAGCAUCUAUUUUGCAUAAAUUAAUGUCACGUUUGAAAUUUGAUGUCGGUUCUAAUGUAGAAUACUUCAAGCACUUGAAAGAGAUAAUUAAAAAUUUCAACCCCAGAGAUAGAGCUUGUACAGUGAUGUGGGAUGAAGUUCAUCUUGCCAAAUCCCUUAAUUAUAGUGAGGCUAAAGAUAGAAUCAUUGGUUUUGAAGAUAGAGGCAAGGGCAGUGUUAAAAAUAGAGUAGCAGACAAAGCUCUUGUUUUCAUGGUGCAAAGUUUAACGAGAAAGUGGAAGCAGCCUGUGGCUUAUUACUUCAGUCAAGGUGAUGUGCCCGGUGAAAUUUUGCUUGAGUUGGCUGUGAGUGUGAUUUCAGCUCUGCAGGAAAUUGGCUUCGAUGUCAGAGCUUCUGUGAGUGACCAGGGCAACAACAACAAGUUGGCAGUCCGCCUACUUCGAGAGUCCCACAACCCACCCAAGCGCACCAAACCUAGGCUGUGUGACACCUGCAGAAAGAAGCGCAUUGUUAUCACCAAAGCAAGAAAGAGUGGUGCCCAGCUGAAGAAUGAUGAGCGCUUCUUUUCCAAGCGUUCUUGUAGGUUGUGUCGCUCAUUUUCCAUCCGCCCAGCCCAAACAACGCACUACAUGGUAAAUCAGCGUAAAGUGUAUCAUGUGUGGGAUGUGCCUCACCUUCUGAAAAAUCUUCGGAACAACUUUCAGACCUACAAUGUUGAGUUUGAUGAUGGCAAAGUUGCCAAGUGGGUGCACUUAGAAAAACUGAAAGAGCAGGAUGGCAUUGACGGUACAUUCUAUGCAAUUAGCUUGAAACUCACUGAUAAGCAUCUGAAAGCCUGCCAGAAUUCAGAUAAGAUGAGUGUGGCAUUGGCCGCUCAAAUUCUCAGCCACAAAGUUGCAACUGCUUUGAAAAUGAUUGAUGUUUGGAGUGAUGGCAAAGCCAUUCCGGGGUGUAAGGAUACCAGUGAUUUUAUUUAUUUUUGUGACAAGCUGUUUGACAGUUUCAAUGGGAGCAGUCCCAGAGGCCGAGGUAAGGCCCUUCGAGUCAAUUUAUCAGAAAACUCACCACAUUGGGCUUUUUGGAAGGAGGCGGAGGAACGCAUUAAAAAGUGGUGGUUUGUGAACUCAAAAACUGUGUUUUCCUCACACCUCGGAUGGCUUGAGAAUAUUAGUGCUGUGAAAGACUUAUGGCAGGAUCUGAAAGAUGAUUAUCAGUUUGAGUAUCUCAAUUUGAGAAGGCUCAAUCAAGAUCCACUGGAGAACUUAUUCUCAGUGAUAAAGUCAAAUGGAGCGAAGGUGCCAACUGCUGUUCAGUUUAUUGCUGGUCUGAAGACUUCUAUUGUCACUAACCUGAGGAACAGUGGGAUCAGGGGUGCAAAUUGUGAAGAGGACGGAGGAGAGCUGUUGACAGAUAUGAACAAGUUGUUUGAGGAGGCAUCAAAGAAAGUGGCAGAAGGCAAAUCCUAUGAGGAGACUGGUUUGACUGAUGAUGUAGUUCCAGAUGAAAUGUCGAGAGAGGAGGAGCUAGAAUUGUUGCAGCUUGGUGUUUCCGCUGUUCCUCAGGAUGAAGUGAAUGUGAAGUCAGAAGGAGAGGCACAAGUGAGUGAUAUAUUUGGAGCGUUGUUUGGUGAUCAGCCACAGGGGAGUGAUCCAGAUUCAGUUGUGUGUCUUGCUGAAGAUAAUGAAAGUGGCAUUACUGUAGAAAAUGCGCACAAAAUUACUGAGAAGAAGAAGUUGAGUAGGAAGAAGAAGAGUGAUGCAAAGCAAGAUGAAGAGAAGGAAAAACAGUGUGUGAAAGCAGCACUUCAGAAGGAAAACAAAGGCUUGUUUGGUAAGCGUAGGAAAAUGACUGCAUUUGUAGCGGGCUAUGUGGUGAAGAAAGUUCUUGCAAGAAUUUUGGAUUGUGAUGAGUGUAAAGAGUGUCUUUUGUCAGAAGAGAUCAAGCCAGAACAUGAUUUAGUGGUUGCGUUUGAGUAUGAUGAGAAGAAGCGGUUGGUUUAUGCAAGUGUGUAUGUUAUCGACACCAUGGUCUGUUGUGUUGAUAUUUUUCUAGAAAUGAUGCAUACUAGCUUUCAUCUCCCUAACCUGAUGAGUACCAUAAAGGAACGAAUAAUGCGAGAUGUGGAUGUCAAAUCAUUGGGAUGCAGUGCGCAUCUUGAGGAGAUACAGAGACUCUUUGUGUUAUACUUCCUGCGUGUGUCAAUAUAUCACAGGUGUAGGGUUUUGAAUAGAGAAUAUGCUCAGCACUGGAAAAAUAAAAAGACAAUUGCCAGCCUUGCAGCCAAGAAAAGAAGUGUGUCAGUGGGAGCACCAAAGAAGAGGAGCAAGAAGACUCAGAAGCAGAUUGAAGAAGACUUAACCAGUAUUGAGAAACAAAAUGAAGAAAAAAUUGAUGAUCCUGGUGCAGAAGAAGUUGUGUUGUGUGAAGAAAAGUGUGUGAUAGGGCUCCACAGAAGACUCAGAAGCACCUUGAAAAAGACUCUACCAGUAUUGAGAAGCAAACUGAAGAUGCAUUCAAUGAUCCUAGUGAAGAAGAAGCAGUGUUGUGUGAAAUCUCCUCUGUGGCUGAAGCGAGAGUGUUGGAAGGAAAAAAUGUGGAGUGAAAUUUUCUAGUCAGCUGUGUUUGAGUUCUUGUGCCUUAAAUCUCUUUGUGUAUUUGUUUUAUUUUUCUUUUUUUUUUGCGAGGUUUUCAUUUGUGUGGGUGGAGCUUGUGUCGGGUUCGACCUUGCUUUUCCCAACUCAUGGGAGCUGAGCUACUCUAAAUCUUUUUUCCCUAAUUUUGUCUGCUGCCUACAUAAUUGUAGACUUGCACACAGCUCAACUAUGACUGUCUUGUACUGUACCAUUUACUGUUACAGUUGCAGAUACCCGAUUUUGUCUUGGCUUG